GUCUGACUGCACAAAAUCAAGAGUGGACUGAUCCUGUGAAUGAUGGAUGAAGAUCUGAAAAAGGCCAACCCUCACAAUGGGAGCAUCUCAGGGGCUUUGGAUGACAAAAAGCCUGAUGAGCCAAAAGCAGCAGUUCUGGAGAAGAAUGUGGGUCUCUUAAGUGGCAUCAGUCUGAUAGUGGGAACAAUGAUCGGCUCGGGGAUCUUCAUUUCUCCCAAAGCGGUUCUGGAGGAGACUGGAGCAGUGGGUCCCUGUCUGUGUGUGUGGGCAGCGUGUGGAGUGCUGGCUACCAUGGGGGCCCUCUGCUAUGCUGAACUAGGCACAAUGAUCAUGAAGUCUGGUGGAGAGUAUCCGUACCUGAUGGAGGGUUUUGGGCCAGUGCCGGCAUACCUAUAUUCCUGGAGCACGAUCAUCGUAUUAAAGCCUUCAUCAUUUGCCAUCAUCGCCCUGAGUUGUGCCGAGUACGCCUCCGCUCCAUUUUACCCAGGGUGCACUCCUCCUCAAGUGGUCACCAAGUGCUUGGCUGCAGCUUGUAUCUUAAUAAUUACAGUCAUCAACUGUCUGAGUGUGAAGCUGGCCUACAGAGUGCAGAACUUUUUCACAGCAGCCAAACUCUUGAUUAUUGUCGUCAUCGUGGUUUCAGGCAUCGUUCUGCUGGCUCAAGGCAAUACUCAGAAUCUCAAAGACCCAUUUGCAGGGGCAACAACAUCAUUUGGAGCAAUUGGCCUUGCAUUUUACAACGGACUAUGGGCUUAUGAUGGAUGGAAUCAGCUUAACUUCAUAACAGAAGAGCUGAAAAAUCCAUACAGAAACCUUCCCCUGGCAAUAAUUAUUGGGAUUCCCCUGGUAACUGUGUGCUAUAUAUUUGUCAACAUUGCAUAUUUCAGUGUCAUGACCCCUACUGAACUUCUCCAGUCUCCUGCCGUUGCUGUGACCUUCGGUGACAGAGUGCUGUACCCAUUAUCAUGGAUUGUGCCUUUAUUUGUGGUGUUUUCCACUUUUGGUGCAGCCAACGGGAGCUGUUUCACCGCAGGCAGGUUGACAUAUGUGGCGGGACGGGAGGGCCACAUGGUAAGGAUCAUGUCGUACAUCAGUUUGAAACGUUACACACCUUCUCCAGCUCUAAUGUUUAAUGGCAUUGUGUCAAUCAUCUACAUCAUGCCUGCAGACAUAAACACUCUGAUCAAUUACUUCAGUUUUGCUCAGUGGGCUUUCUAUGGGCUCACAUGUCUUGCGCUCAUUGUUAUGCGAUUCACCAGGAAGGAGCUUCAGAGACCUGUCAAGGUGCCGAUAGUCAUUCCUGGCUUGGUGUUGAUUGUGUCCUGUUAUCUGGUUCUUGCUCCCAUCAUAGACAAGCCUGAGUGGGAAUACCUGUACUGCACAAUGUUCAUAGUCGGUGGUCUUCUCUUAUAUGUACCCUUCAUUUACUACAAAUUCAACUGGACUCGCCACAUCAUGAGGCCGCUCACCAUGCACCUUCAGCUGCUAAUGGAAGUCGUUCCACCUGAAAAGACUGAGUGACAGAUAUCACACUGGAAGAGCCACAGAUGGACUAACCAGCAGUAGACCACACACUGAUCCAUGGAAAUGUGGAUAAAGGAUCCUUAAAGGGAACAUGGCUGCACAUGGACAGUUUUUUUAUUUUAUUACUAUUUCUUAUCCCUGACCAGCCAUUGUUUUACAAGUCUUUCCUGGGUCACAGGGAUCUGUUAAAGAAUAACACCACAUUCCAUGAAUCUCCGUAAUUUUGGAAUACUUCCACUUUAUCUAACUUAUAAUUGUGUGUUAUAUGCAAGUUUGUUGUACAGAAUAGCACUGAUAUUUUAUUCAAGUUUACUGAACUGGAAUGUAUGAACUACAAAGAAAUUAUCCACAGUAAAAUUAUGUUUCCUUGAAUGCUAAACAGUUGUUUUCAAACAAUGACUUUAGGACAACCCAGUGUAUGAAUAGACUCAUAAAAUCACAGCAGAUUAAGAAUUGUAGUAAUGUAAAUCCUUAAGUAGCCUAUUAAAGAGCUACUUGUAGUGCAACAGUAGUGUUCUGGAAUUAAAAAUCCCAUUAAUUCUCUCCAUAUAUAGGGGAAUUAUUCAAACAGUCUUGUGGAAUUCUGUUGCACUCUACACCUUAGAGAUGCUUAUAAAUCAGAUAUUUCAACAUUUUAACUCUAUGUAUUUUCAUUUCAAUCAAUGGCUAUUAAAGUUGGACAUUACUCGGGUCAUUUUUAAUUGCCAGACUUGUCAUGUAA